AUGCACAGAACCUAUUCCUUGAGAUCUACAAGAGCACCUACUGCUUCUCAAUUGCAAUCACCACCACCACCACCCUCAUCUACCAAAUCUAGGUUCUUUGGUAAAGGCUCAAUCAGUCAUUCUUUCCGUAAAUCUGCUGCAGGUGCCUUGGGCCCAGAGUUGGCCAGGAAGUUGGCUAUCUUGAUCAAAAUGGAAAAGAACUUGAUGAGGUCCAUUGAAAUCACUUCGAGAGAAAGAAAAGAUUCGGCAAAGCAAUUGUCCUUAUGGGGUGAAAGCAAUGAUGACGAUAUCAGUGACAUUACCGAUAAAUUGGGUGUUUUAAUCUAUGAGAUUGGUGAGUUGGAAGAUCAGUUUAUUGAUAGAUAUGAUCAAUAUAGAAUUACCUUGAAAUCAAUUAGAGAUAUCGAAGGUUCGGUUCAACCUUCAAGGGAAAGAAAACAAAAAAUCACCGAUCAAAUCGCCUACCUCAAAUAUAAAGACCCACAAUCACCAAAGAUUAAUGUAUUGGAACAAGAAUUGGUUAGAGCAGAAGCCGAAUCUUUAGUUGCUGAAGCUCAAUUAUCAAAUAUCACCAGAGAAAAAUUGAAGACUGCUUUCAACUACCAAUUUGAUUCAACCAGAGAACAUGCUGAAAAAGUUGCUUUAAUAGCUGGUUACGGUAAAGCUUUAUUAGAAUUAUUGGACGAAACGCCUGUUACUCCAGGUGAAACAAGACCUGCUUAUGAUGGUUACGAAGCUUCAAAACAAAUCAUCAUCGAUGCUGAAAAUGCCUUAGGUUCAUGGACUUUUGACUCAGCCGUUGUUCGUCCAACAUUGUCAUUAGCAGCUCAUGAUGAAGAACAUUAUGAUGAAGAAGACGAAUUAGAAAAUGAAGCUGAAAAUUUAAGAAUUACUGAAAAGAAUUUUGAUAAUGCUCAACCUGAAUUAGCUUAA